AGCGGCAGCAGCAAGACGCUGCUCACUGGCUCAUCCCAGAAUCUCUCCACGCUGGACCACUCUUUCAAUCCGGACUCCAGGAGCCACAGGCGCCAGACGUGGGUUUCUGUCUCUCACCUCGCUGCAGAAACCAGGUCCCUUUGCUGGGGCACCGAGAGGCUGAGCGGUAAACGUGGGGCGCUGUACUGCUGCUUCCAACCUGACUUGUGGGGACUCAUCCACGGCCAGUAAGACACAGCGUCAACACACCUGGGACCUCCCACUCUGAGCAAGAUGACGGUGCAGAGCGUGGCCCUGUCCUUGACCCCAUGAGGGGCAAGGCCCCUGCAGGUCCAAAGAUGGGGAACAUCACGGGGGACAACGUCUCCCUGAGCUGCACCAUCGACCACACCAUCCACCAGACGCUGGCACCGGUGGUCUACGUCACUGUGCUGGUGGUGGGCUUUCCAGCCAACUGCCUGUCCCUCUACUUCGGCUACCUGCAGAUCAAGGCCCGGAACGAGCUGGGUGUGUACCUGUGCAGCCUGACCGUGGCUGACCUCUUCUACAUCUGCUCGCUGCCCUUCUGGCUGCAGUACGUGCUGCAGCACGACAACUGGGCGCACGGCGACCUGUCUUGCCAGGUGUGCGGCAUCCUGCUCUAUGAGAACAUCUACAUCAGCGUGGCCUUCCUCUGCUGCAUCUCCAUCGACCGCUACCUGGCCGUGGCCCAUCCCUUCCGCUUCCAUCAAUUCCGCACCCUCAAGGCAGCUGUGGGCGUCAGUGUGGUCAUCUGGACCAAGGAGCUGCUCACCAGCAUCUUCUUCCUCAUGCACCAGGAGGUGGUGGAGGAUGGGGACCAGCACCGUGUCUGCUUCGAGCACUAUCCCCUCCAGACCUGGCAGCGUGGCAUCAACUACUACCGCUUCCUGGUGGGCUUCCUCUUCCCCAUCUGCCUGCUGCUUGCCUCCUACCAGGGCAUCCUGCGUGCUGUACGCCGCAGCCAUGGCACUCAGAAGAGCCGUAAGGACCAGAUCCAGCGGCUGGUGCUCAGCACCGUAGUCAUAUUCCUGGCCUGCUUCCUGCCCUACCACGUUCUGCUGCUUGUGCGCAGCAUCUGGGAGGCCAGCUGCGAGUUUGCCAAGGGCAUCUUCAACGCCUAUCACUUCUCCCUCCUCCUCACCAGCUUCAACUGUGUUGCCGACCCUGUGCUCUACUGCUUUGUCAGCGAGACCACUCACAGGGACCUGGCUCGCCUCCGUGGAGCCUGCCUAGCCUUCUUCACCUGUGCCAGGACCGGCCGGGCCAGGGAGACCUGCCCGCUGGGCGCCCCUGAGGCCUCUGGGAAAGGUGGGGUCCAGGGUGAGGAGCCAGAGUUGCUGGUUAAGCUUCACCCAGCCUUCCAUACCCCAAACUCUCCUGCAGCCGGGGCCUCCCCGCUAGGCAGCCUGGCCUAGCACGGGCUACUCCACGCCCAUGGCACUUGAGUUCUGAGCCUGCUCCCAGAUGCCUCCUGCUUCGCCAUACAUGAGGUUCCAGCAGAGCAGACCAUGGGCCUGGGCUGUAGCAAGCCUCCCUGGCUCUCUGGGACCUGCUCCAACCUGCUGAGCCUGGUGUGACUGUCACAAGAACUUCUGCUGCCAGGCUCUGGGUACCUUGGGUGGGGGACAGUGACCAGGAGAUUUGCAGAGUGCGGCUGGGCUGUGGGUGUGCAGCAUGUGGACAGGGAAGACGGGGGUCCACGGGUGAGGGGGUGCCUGGGUACUUACCUGUCGGGGUCUUCCACUGGUGUCCUAGGUGAUGACCGCUAUCCCGAUGUUGUGUGUGUGGAGCU